GGGCGGGGGCUCCGCCGCUGCGGACGGGGAGGGUUUCGUGCGCCCGGGUGGGCGCGCUGAGGGGCUGGGAGGAGGGCGGGUGGGAGGUGAGGGUGUCGCCAUGCGGUCCCUGAACAUCACCCCGGAGCAGUUCGCGCAGCUCCUGCGGGAGAACAACGUGACGCGGGAGCAGUUCAUCGCCCUGUACGGGUUGCGGCCGCUCGUCUACAUCCCCGAGCUGCCCCGGCGCGCCAAGGCGGCCUUCGUCCUCGUCUGCGCGCUCAUCUUCGCCCUGGCGCUGUUUGGCAACUGCCUGGUGCUCUACGUGGUCACCCGCAGCCGCGCCAUGAGGACCGUCACCAACAUCUUCAUCUGCUCCCUGGCGCUCAGCGACCUCCUCAUCGCCUUCUUCUGCGUGCCCUUCACCAUGCUGCAGAACAUCUCCUCCAACUGGCUGGGCGGUGCCUUUGCAUGCAAGAUGGUACCGUUUGUUCAAUCCACUGCUAUUGUAACUGAGAUUCUUACAAUGACCUGCAUUGCUGUGGAAAGACAUCAGGGAAUUGUGCAUCCACUAAAAAUGAAAUGGCAGUACACCAAUAAAAGAGCUUUCACAAUGCUUGGCAUAGUCUGGUUGCUGGCAGUUAUUGUUGGGUCACCUAUGUGGCAUGUUCAACGGCUUGAGGUUAAAUAUGACUUCUUGUAUGAAAAAGUCUAUGUUUGUUGCCUGGAAGAAUGGGCUAGUCCAAUUUAUCAGAAGAUAUAUACCACCUUUAUUCUCGUUAUACUCUUUCUUUUUCCACUGAUAUUGAUGCUUUUUUUGUACACUAAAAUUGGUUACGAACUCUGGAUUAAGAAACGAGUGGGAGAUGCUUCUGUUCUUCAAACCAUUCAUGGGAAUGAAAUGUCUAAAAUAUCAAGGAAGAAGAAGCGAGCAAUUGUUAUGAUGGUGACAGUGGUGUUUCUCUUUGCAGUCUGUUGGGCCCCUUUCCAUGUGAUCCACAUGAUGAUAGAAUACAGUAACUUUGAAAAGGAGUAUGAUGAUGUAACAGUCAAAAUGAUCUUUGCAAUCGUUCAAAUUGUAGGAUUCUUCAAUUCUAUUUGCAACCCUAUUGUGUAUGCUUUCAUGAAUGAAAACUUCAAGAAAAAUUUUCUGUCUGCCAUCUGCUUCUGCAUUGUCAAAGAAAAUGUGUCACCAACCAGGCAACUUGGAAAUUCAGGGAUUUCUAUGAGGCAGCAAAAGGCAAGUGUUUCUCAAAGAGAUCCUACUGACUCGGGUGAGGCAAGGGGGGAAGCAUUCAGCGAUGGCAACAUUGAAGUAAAGUUCUGUGAUCAACCGGCUUCAAAAAGGAAUUUGAAAAAGCACCUUUCCUUAUUCAGCUCUGAGAUUACUGGGCAUUCUGUGUUGGGAAGUGGACAGUAGCUUUAAAAAGGUUUUCAGAAUGGGAAAAAAAAUGUUCUCUUUAUAUCAUAACUUUGAACAAGCCAUUUAAAGUAGUUUUCUACUUUAAGUGUUGAAAUGAGAGAGAGGGAAAAUAUUUUGAUUAUAAUGUUGGAAUAAUGGUCAAGAAAAUGUAAUAUAUUUUAUAAAAAAAAAAAAAAAAGGAAUAAAAUUUUGGAAAACAAUCUCACUAUGCGAUUUCCAGAAAAAUAUUUUUCCUCCUCAGCUAAUUUGGGGCUUGCUUGCCCUCUGAUUUUAGGUAUACCAAACAACUGUUGGUAUAUAUGGUCUGUUUAUUCUGUCUGGUUCCUGGCACUCUGCUGGACUGUACUCAGCUGAAUGCCAGAAGACAAGAACUAUGGAGAGAGUGCACACUUCCUUUGGACAGCUUAGGAAUCUCACAUGGGUCUAAUGCUGUUUGUAAGAUCUGCUCUGUGCAGCUCUGAGGACAGAGAAACUUCAUAUCUGACUUCAGGAAAAAUGCAGACUGAGAUGCAAUUCUGUUUUGCAAAGUAUGUGAAAGCCAGCCAGAAUUUGGUUCUGAAGAAAUUAUCAUUUAGAUUUCAUGCAUGUCUGGAUUUUGUUAACAGGAAGUUAAUAGAAAUUAACAAUGCAUGUAUAACUAAUGUGCUAUUUUUACAAGUUAAUUUUUGGGUACAAAUUUAAAGGCCAGUGUCCUUCCCUGUAAACUGCAUUAUUCCUCCUGAAAAAGGUAGAAGUUGAAAAAGUGCUAUACAAAUCAAGGGCCUGCAUAUCCUCGAAGUGUGGUCUGUAAACACUGGUUUUAUCUUAGUCAUGCUUUCAUAUGCAGUUUAUGGUUGGAAAUUGUGUUGCUGUUUUCUGGAGGUAUACGAGGGCCAGGCUCAGAGCCUGUUGGACUCUACAGAAGACUUCUAGUUGAAUACUGUAGUCUUUUGACCAGACAUUUCUCUGAAGAUUUGCACAAACUUUUUUCUCUCUCCCUCAUCCUUGAAGUGGAUUAAAUACUGUGGAAAGCCAGUAUUACAAAGUUGAAAUCCAUAAAAUUCUAUAAAAAAAAAAAAAAUAAAAAAAAAAUUGCUGUCAGCGUGUCCAACUGAAAAACUGUAAAAUAAAAAGUUUCUUAUGAGUGUGGGACUGGGAAAAAAACUAUGAUCUAGAAUGGUAUCCUGUGAUCUGAUCCGACAAGCAAGGCUUUGAAAUGCGUAAUUUACAACUCCAGUUAAGUUUGGUUUGAACCCCUCAGUUGCCUGUGAAAUGUUGAUGUUCUUCUGUCAUCCCUUGCUUCCCCUAGCAGAUUUAAUAUUUCGUUUACACAUAAUUGUCAAUGAAAAUGAUUCACUGAUAUUCAUGGAUAAUUUGGAAGUACACCGGUCCUGUGUAAUAUUUACAGACACCCACUGGGUAAGGCAUUCUGAUGCUGGCUUGUGACAUACUCUUUAUUAUUUAUUGUACUGUGUAUGAUAUACUUUGAUGCAAUUACAGAGAGAGAUUCUGAACUCGCCCUGACAGCCAGGAAUUAUGAGCACUCUUGCUUAUAUUAGUAUAUAUAUUAAAUAAAAUACUGACUUCAGAGUGCUAGGUCUGGGUGAAACAGCAUGAGUGAAAUCAGAUUUUGCCUCAGUCAGUCAUGCAAACAUUCCCCUGUGCAUUACCUUUGAAUAACGCUGGUAAGCAACAGCAACAAUUUUUGCCUGUGAUUACAUCUGUGGUUUUCUUUGCAUUUAGUUCAAAUUUCUAGAAAUGUCUCUCAUAGUGAAGUUUUCUGCACUGCAAAUAGGGGUUCAAAGGUUUAACACCGUUUUCCUCGGUGCAAAGUUGAUCUGGCUGAUGAUGAGAACUAUGUGGUUUGACAGAAUAUAUUACUGAAAAGCACUUUAUCUUAAGCUUUUCACUUUAUUUGUACCGCUAAUUUCAAUGACAAUUUAACAACAAAGUUGAUAGCUGCUUUGUAAAACUUCCAAGUAUUUUGUGCUUUUGUUUUAACUGUUUCUUCUAUUGUAUCACAAAAUGUUAUCUCAAUAAAUGACUGUUAUAGUAUUAUAUUUUUUUAAUUAAAAUUCCAUUUUGGUAUUGCUAGUGCUGUUUGCACUGGGAGCAUCUACUAUGAA